ACUCUUCGCGCACCUUUUAUAAAUAGGAUGCCGUCGACGUUGCUGGCGUUGAAGGAAAAAAUUUCAGCUUUUUCAUGCUUUAGUCGCAAACUCGGAACGGAGACAAAAGUAGUGUAUACGCGCGAGCCGUUUUUUCGUAUUUUGACCGAUCAACUUUAGCCUUAAUGAAACAAUUUGUCAUUUCUAAUUAUAUUAGAACUACGUCAAGGUAUCGUAUUAUUGAUAUUUCUCAGAAUUGUGUAUUUAUGCGGCACGAGUGCUUUUAAAAAAUGUGACGAGUUCGUGAUGUCUGUAAUGUAGUGAUACUCAACUGCCACAAUGAAUCUAAUGUUUAGGAAGACCUUCGGGGAACAGAAAGCCGGAGUGGCGGCCAUCAAAGGAAACAAGAUCAGCGUUUGUCGACAUACUAGCAAAAGGAGUCGAGAGCAAGGUUACACCGCAAUGGAGGAGCACCACUACAGGACACACUUAUUUUUCAGUCCACCUCGUUGUAGCUUUGGUGCCGCUGACGAAGAUGGUUCGCUCGAUUCAACAGGUAAUGCCCAAAGAAUGCAAAGAGCUAUAUUGCAUACAGAGCCGCGGUGCGGACCUAUGACUGGAACGGGGGGUGAAUCGCCGCCGAUGCAGUCGACCAUAUCUCCCGCAAUGACGGAGUCCGAUUUACCUCAACCUUUGGUGGUGAGGAGUCCGUCGGUGUCUCUUAUGAAGUGGCCCAAUCAAUUGCCGACGAAAGCGACACCCACCCGACAGGUGAAUUUCAAUUAUGGAAACGAAAGCAGCCAUGUAGAUGCUCAACGAGCCCUAUCUGAAUUGGAUAAGGACUGCUUCAUUAUCCCAGUCCAUAGUCUUGAUAGGUUUCUUCCUGCGGGAGUUCCGAUACCAAAACCUGUAAAUAAUAAUAGUCUAGAUAAAAAAGGAAAUCUACAUGUUAUGGAGGUGCCCGAUCCCAAGUUAUGUGUCUUAUGUCAUUUAAUGAGUCCGUUGGAGCCGGUAGAUCCCGUUUUAGAGUCCCCGUUAGUUCAACCGCUACUUAAGCAAAGGGUAAUAGCAGGGGAAUUAGUUAAUGACAUAGCACAAGCCAAAACGGCGGUUACGGGAAUGUUACUUGCCAAUAUGGAGAGGAAUGCCGAAUUUCCAUUCAUAACGUACUAUGUGAUAAAUACGUCUCAGACUAAUCCUGUGAUGUUCUACAAUAAUCUCCGCACUGCCAGUUUGAGCAAGUUCGAUCCAAGAACUACUAGAUAUACAGCUGCACAUACGCUCGAUUUAUACACAGAAGUAGCUUCAAUAUGUCGACCGCCAGUACACGAAAUCGGUAUGUCAUUACAAAAAACGCACAGUACAUCUACAGGGUAUCUCGUAUCUGUUUAUAAAGUUUUCGAAGGAGACGAUAGAGAAAAAUUUGAAAGAAACUGGUUGUACUGGACAGGAGCAAGAAUGAUCUAUCGAUAUCUACCCCACGCAGCGGGCCUUCGUCGAAUUUCGCUGCACAAAUCGCUUAGUCCGAAAGGCGACAAAAUGUACAUUUUAUUAUGCGAAUGCGCUAAUCUAUUAGAAGACGUGACAGUUUGCGCAUUGAUAUUACCUGCGCUGAGAGCAAGAUUGACGGGAUAUACAGGAUUAUUUAGACCGUUACAAACCUUUUAAUACGAAAUGGGUCCAAUCUAAUUUUAAAACUAUAGAGAUAAUAUCGGGAGGCUACUAAAAAGGUUCAAGUCUCCUUUAAUAAUUUACAGGGUGAUUUAUAAAAUUGAGCAUAAAUUUUAAUUGGUUAAGAAGUUAAGAAUCUCCAGGAGUUUCUUUAUUUCUGUCGGGCAGUUAAAUGUCUCCUUGAGGUUGGUUUUCGUAUCGAUCUGCUGGUAUGCGGUAGACUAUUCUCUGCACUCGGUAACAAUGUCCUUAACAGACCACAGGAACAUGACAACUUUCGCAGACAGGACUACUUUCUGACGACAGUAGUCUCAGUAGAGUCUCCUUAUUGUCACAGCUUCUCUCCCAAUCAAAAUGUUUAGAGGCAGAUUCUUGAAUGAGGUUGGUUAAUCUUUAGAUUAUUGGCAAGCUGUCUGACGAGCGUUUCGACGAGACUGAACACUAUCUACACCAACACUAACGAUUACACUGUGUCUGGCGCGCGUUUCGAUAACCAAGUUACCGUCUUCAGAGACUGAAGGUAAAUGUAUGUAUGUCUUUUUUACUAUGAUGUGAAGAGGAGGUUGUAGAGACACAAGUAUGACAAGCCACUCAUCAAGAUCUAUCUGCGUGUGAAAAAGUCAUGCUGAGAAAAGUUUGUGUGGAAAAAUCAAUGGAUAAAAUGAAAAUUUAGUAAUUUUUGUAAGGUUAGGAUAGGUUCUGAUAGGUUUUUCGAUAAAACUGAUGCAUUUUCACACACACAUAGAUCUCGAUGACAUCUAUCGAACAAAUGGCCAUUUUAUCUUGGAAAACAUUAUUAAUACAUAUCAGGGGUAGAAAAAUUAUGGCAUCGGUGCCAUGUGAUACGUAAAAAUUUGUUUUAUGAUACAGUAUGAAAAAAAAAAUAUAUUUUGUCCAAAUAACAAAGUGAAAACUUGUUAAUAACUAUUAUUAGUAGCUCUUGCGUGAGUUUUAUAUAUAAAUUAGGAAUUUUAGAUGUGUAUACAGUUGAAUAAUUUAAAUAAUCAUUUUUAUUGCUACACGGUUUUGUAUAAUAGUCCAGUCAAUUUUUUCGCUGUUUUGUUUUUUCAAUGGAAUAAAUAUCUUCAAUAAAGUGCCCAAAUAAGGGGAAAAUUAUCAUUGUUUCCCUUAGAAAACGUCUUGAAAACGGUCGAUCGAGCGAAAAUUUUGCAUAGAACAGAAAAAUUAGUAAAUUCCAUUAGCUUUCGAAUGAAAAAAGCAAAAAUAUGGAAUAAUUCUAAUAUUUUGCAUAAAAUUCAAUUUUAUUGGCCAGUUAAGAAAAAUUCCUGAUUUAGUCAAAAAAAAAACAAAAUUUCAAAGCAUCACUUAUUUAAAAAUACAAAGGUGUGUACAAUUUUGUAUGCGCUCGAAAAAGAAGAGUCAAAAGCUUAUAUUGACUGGACUAUAAAUAUUAAAUUGAAUUAUUAAGCUUGACUCAGGGUUUUUUAAUGUUACAUAGCCGGGCAAAAUGGACGGAGAACAUUGAAUUUAUAGUUAAAUUAAGCCUUUUAUGGAAAAUUUUUCGUAUAUUUCAUACACUACGUAAUGGCGUUUUUGGACAUAUGUCGCUAAUAUUUUGAAUGCAUAGUUUUUAUGAUAUUUUCAAAUUUACUGAUACCGGGUUUACUAUGUGAGAUAUUUAUUUAAUACAAGAUGAUAAUUUUAUACUUUCGUGGUCCCUCGUUUUUUGGCUCUAGAAAAUCGAAAAGGCAUCCGAUUUCGACGCAUUUUUUUUAAUGGUUAGUAAAUAAUUUUCAUUCGUGAAACUUCUGGCGUUAUUACACCACUCUUAGUAAAGACCCCAAAAGUCGAGUAAAAAAGUUUGACGCGUGUACCACGUGAGGUUGUUCUGAUGAAUUUUCCGGCACUUUCGGUCGAUUCUGGCGAGGUUUUUCCGACCUCCAAAACUUCUGGCGUUAUUACAACGCUCAUAUUUGAGGUUCGGACCCCACGAUCCAAGAGUUUUCACUAGUGUACCAUAUGAGGUCUUCCGGUCCAUUUUUUCAUAUCCGACUUGUACAGAGUGCCUCAAAUCCAGUUUGGUGAUGUACUAGCGCUGCUUUUUGUAGUCAGCUCUGGCACUAAUCUGCCGUGACCUCAGCACUAUCGUGUUGGCAGAAUUUACAAAUCCGUUCAGGCUAAAAUUUGGUCCAUAACAAAAAACGUAAAACGGUGAAAACUUCAUCCUCAAGUCAUACACCUUCUACAACUCAAUAAAUUCAGAUUUAUCAUAUCUACUAACAAAAAAAUACGAAUACAUUCAAAAUAUGAAGUCAUAUUUUAAAAAAUGUACAUUUUAUAUAAAAUUUAUUUCAUAAAAUUCAUACAUUCGGUGUUCUGUCCACUUUGUUGACUCUGUAUACAAACUCUAGUAUGGAACAAAUGAUCUGUGAUGUCUGAAUUUGUAUAUUAAUAAACAAAGAAUGGAUCAUUUAUAUCAUCCCAUAUUCCUCCAAUCUCCAAUCAUAGAUCUCUCUCUUAGCUAUUCCAUACUCUCCCAGGUGUAGCGCUCUGAAGUUCCUCAGGUGUUUGUUGAAACGACAGUGUUUGUCUCAACCCCUGUAGGUUAUCCCAAUAAUCGGUUUUGGUCCUAUUCACUUUGUUUUCCAGUGAUUUUUCCAUUAUUCUUUAGCUGAUGCCACAGAAGGGUUCGGAUCCCACGAAGGACUUGUUGUCUGCCUCCGCUUUAGCAGACUGCUUGAGAUGAAAAAACGUUUUUACUUUCUAUUUUGUUUACGGUAUAAUUGUUAACUUCCACGAUCUAAUGAGUUCGUACUUUCUCCCACUAAUAUAUCUAGAGCAAAAUACUGGAUCUAGAGUCUCCUAAUGAACACCUACAACUCAGUUUUCUAUUCCUUAUUCCUGCUCGAAUUCAUCUGAAGCAUCUUCAACUUAUCCAUCAAAACCUGUUCAUCGAUUCACAGCAGAGACUCGGACAGAAAUCCUGAACUCAUCGAUCGAAAUUGACAAAGUUAUUAGGCAUGUAGAAGAUAUUGAUGAUAGAUCAAAAAUUCGAGAUUCAGGUGAUUUUCGGCUACUUCGGAAUAGUGAGAUUUGUUCUUGUCAAAGAUAUUGAGAUUUAGAUGAUCCAUCGUACGCGUACUGGUUGAAAUGUCAUAAUAUUAGUCUACAUAUCAGUCCAAAACAAAAACAUGACAAAUGAGAUGCUUUUAGUGCAGUUUUUAAUGAGGUUAACAAAAGCAAUAACAGUUACAAUCACUAAAAUUGUAUUUAAAGACUUAGGAAUAUAAAGAAUUUUUUUAAA